AACAAAGAGGUGAAGAAAAAGAUGUCAGAUUCAAAGAAAACAUCUGCAUCUACUUUGAAAAAAGAUACAGAUGCUUCCACAGCUGUUGAAACUGUGACUGCAGCUUCUGCUACCAAAACUGGACAAACCAAGACAUCUGCAGCCAAAGUAAAUAAAUCUUCAGGGAAGUCAGCGGGUUCUGUCAAAUCUGUGGUAACAGUAGCUGCUAAAGGUAAUAAAGCUUCAAUCAAAACAGCAAAAUCUAGUGGAAAGAAGUCCCUGGAAGUCAAAAAGGCUGGACUUGUCAAGAACAAAGACACCAGUAAAUCUGUGAAUGUACCAGAAAGCUCUGAAAUGAAGACAAAUGUGGAAGUCAAAACCACUGAAAAUGGUGCUAAAGAAACUAUUUCAGCUGCUGUAGAGGCCACAGAAAAUGAACCAGUCAACAAGGAAACAGAAGAAAUGUGUCUGGUACUUAUAUCUGAUUUGCCUAGUAAAGGAUAUUCUGUUGAAGAAGUUUCCAACCUUGUAAAACCAUUUGGUGGUUUAAAGGAUAUUUUGAUUUUGUCAUCUCAUAAAAAGGCAUUUAUAGAAAUAAAUAAAAAAUCUGCAGAUUCUAUGGUAAAAUUUUAUACCUGCUUCCCAAUAUCAAUGGAUGGAAAUCAACUCUCAAUAAGUAUGGCUCCUGAAAACAUGAAUUUAAAAGACGAGGAAGCUAUAUUUACAACCUUGAUUAGAGAAAAUGACCCAGAGGUAAAUGUAGAUAAAAUUUACGAUCGAUUUGUACAUCUUGAUAACUUACCGGAAGAUGGGCUUCAGUGUGUACUUUGUGUGGGACUUCAGUUUGGGAAGGUGGAUCACCAUGUAUACAUGAGCAAUAAAAACAAGGCAAUUCUUCAGUUAGAUAGCCCUGAAUCUGCUCAGUCAAUGUACAGCUUUCUUAAACAAAACCCACAGAACAUAGGUGACCAUGUAUUGACCUGCACAUUAUCUCCAAAGAUGGACUCAUCAGAGGUGAAAGCUGAGAAAGACCCAGAACUAGGAAAAGAAAGCUCUGACUUGAAAAACAGUCCAGUUGAUGAAAGUGAGGUGCAGACAGCAGCUGAUAGUCCCUCUAUUAAACAUAGUGAGGUUGAAGAAGAAUCUGUUCCCAACGUUCAAACAGGAACUUUUAUACAGCAGAAAGAGCCUUUUGAGGAAGAACCAGAAAAAACACUAUGUGUCUCUGAUUUUGCUCUUGAAACAUUUGAAGUUGAAACUCAAGGAGAGGAGGUCAAAGUGGAAAUUCCUCUUGUAGCGUCCACGUCAGCCAGUAUUGACUUAUUCACUGAAAAUGUAGGGGACUCUGUUUUAAAUCAGCAGGUAUAUGCCGGUGACUUUGAGAAGGAAGAGACAGAAAUUAUUAACCCGGAAACAGAGUUAUCAACAUGUGAUAAUACAUUUAUAGAAGAAAAGAACAUCAAAGGAAUUCUAGAAGACUCUCCAUCUGAAGCAGAUUUCUUUUCUGGGAUUACACAGUCUGUGAUUGAAGCUAUAGCUGAAGUAGACAAACAAGAAACUGUUUCAGAAAUAGUACCAUCUACUUGUGUUGUGGCCUUAGUACCUGGGAUUUCUACUGGGGAUGAGCAAGCAGUGAGCACAAAGGGAAUUUCUGAAAAAACUAACAUGGAUGAGAAGGAGAAUGAAUUGAAUACUAAGGAAGCCAGAAUGGAUCUGAAAAUAGGAAGAGAGAAGGCUGAGAAGAAUGAUAGGAUGGUUGCAGAGAAGCUGGAUAAGGUUGUAGCAGCAGUGAAAGAAAAACCUGCAGAAAACUCAGUGACCAAGGCAUGUCCAAAUAAGACAGUGGUUCAGGCCAAUAAGCCUGAUGAAACUAGUAAAAUUAGUAUGCUGGUUGCAUCAAAUGCAUCUAGCAGUAAAUCAGGCAUCAAGGCUGAUGUGGUCUCUUCUACAAAGGCAAAAGCUACAGCUUCAAAAUCUGAAAACCAGAAAAGUUUUCUAAAAUCUGUACUCAGAGAUCAAAUAAAUGCUGAAAAGAGGCUUUCAGCCAAGGAAUCAGGUCUACUUAAAGCUACAAGUGCCAGGUCAGGCUUGGCUGAAAACAGCAGUAAAUUAAAACCCAUUCAGAGCGGUGUUACCAGAGGAAGCAGUGGAAGGAUCUCAGCCCUGCAAGGCAAAGAUUCUAAACUGGAUUACAGGGAUGUUACAAAACAGCCUCAGGAAACAGAGGCUAAACCUUCAGUCAUGAAACGGGAUGACAGCAACAAUAAGACUUUGACAGGGCAAAACACUAAGAAUCCUAAAAACACCACUGGUAGAAGUUCAAAAUCCAAAGAGGAACCUUUAUUUCCAUUUAAUUUGGAUGAAUUUGUUACUGUGGAUGAGGUUAUAGAAGAAGUAAAUCCUUUUCAAGUCAAGCAGAAUCCACUGAAGGGAAAAAGGAAAGAAGCUCUCAAAAAUACCCCUUCCUCUGAACUGAACUUAAAGAAGAAGAAGGGAAAGAUCUCUGCUCCUCGUGUGGUUGAGGGAGAGUUAUCUUUUGUAACAUUGGAUGAGAUUGGGGAAGAGGAAGAUGCAGCCGCACAGCUAGCACAAGCUCUGGUCACUGUGGAUGAAGUAAUUGAUGAAGAUGACAUAAAUGUGGAAGACAUGGUUAAAAAUUCAAACUCACUUCUUACAUUAGAUGAGUUAAUUGAUCAAGAUGAUUGCAUUUCUCACAGUGAAACUAAAGAUGUUACUGUGUUGUCUGUGGCUGAAGAGCAAGAUCUUCUCAAACAGGAACGCUUGGUAACUGUGGAUGAAAUUGGGGAAGUAGAAGAGCUACCUUUAAACGAGUCGGCAGAUAUCAGUUUUGCUGCUUUAAAUACUAAAGGAGAUGAGGGAAAUACUGGAAGGGAUUCUAUUGGGUUCAUUUCUUCUCAGAUGCCUGAAGACCCUUCUACUUUAGUUACUGUAGAUGAAAUACAGGAUGACAGCAGUGAUCUGCAUUUAGUGACUUUAGAUGAAGUAACUGAAGAGGAUGAAGACUCUCUGGCAGAUUUUAACAACCUUAAAGAAGAGCUUAAUUUUGUUACUGUUGAUGAAGUUGGGGAGGAAGAAGAUGGAGACAAUGAUUUAAAAAUUGAGUUAACACAGAGGAAAAAUGACCAUCCCACUGAUAAGAGAGGUGAUAGAAAAAAGAGAACUGUGGACAAAAAGAAGACAAAACUUGAAGCUUUGUCUCAGGUGGGCCCAGUAAAUGAGAAUGUUAUGGAAGAAAAUCCGAAAACCGUGAUUGAAAGACGUUCAGCAGCUACAGUGCCAACCAAGAGAGUUAGAAUUGGAAAAAUGCCACCAUCAGAAAAAGCUGUCACAGUGGAACCAGUGAAAGAUGAAGAGGCCUUCCAACUUAGUGAAGUUGGUGAAGAAUCUGGAUUAGAGGAUUCAGAACCAGAACAGAAACGCAAGAAGACUGAGGACUCUUCAGGGAGAUCAGUGGCACCUGAAGUCCCUGAAGAUUUAGACUUUCUUGUACCGAAGGCUGGAUUCUUCUGUCCAAUUUGUUCCCUCUUCUACUCAGAUGAGAAAGCAAUGACGAAUCACUGCAAGAGUACACGUCAUAAGCAAAAUACAGAGAAGUUCAUGGCCAAGCAAAGAAAGGAAAAGGAGCAGAAUGAGGCUGAAGAAAGAAGCUCUAGGUGAUUGAUGGGGUGGGGGGAAGAAUUCAUUAGAAAUUUGUUUAGGGUCCAGUUGAUUUGUGUAUUUUUGUUAUCACUUAAUUUGUAAUUUUUGUUUCAGAAGCAAAUAUUCAUGUUGUACAAAUUUCUGAUUGCCCUUGAUGUAGAGAGACUGAUGGGGAAAGUAUGAUGGGUUUGAUUUUUAUAUCAAAUCAUCAGGCAUGGAGAAAUAUCUUUUAGAAGUGUUAAAAUAAAUGUUCCUACUGUAUAUUUAAAAUAU